GUCAGUCAUAAUGACCUCAUUAUAAGAAGAAUUGUGUGAGUGAGAAGGGGACAUUGUCACUGAGUCUCUGGUAUUGGACUGAAUUAAGCUUUGCAUACUUGGCAUCUACGUUGACGAUGGUGUGGACGGUGGGUCUCAGUAACCUGGUGUUAGGGGUCUAUGGAUUCACGUUGAUCACCGGCCUUCCCGCCAACAUCUUGGCUUUAUACACCUUCACCCAGAAGGUGCGGCAGCGCUCCACCCCGAUGGACGUGCUGUUACUCAGUUUAACCAUCUCUGACCUGAUCUUCCUCUUUUUCCUGCCGUUUCGCAUGGUGGAGGCGGCCAACAUGAAAUGGACGAUGCCGUACUUCCUCUGCCCGCUGUCGGGAUUCAUCUUCUACUCCACCAUCUACAACAGCACCUUACACCUGACGGCCAUCAGCGUGGAGCGGUACCUCGGUGUAGCCUUCCCCAUUAAAUACAAGCUGAAACGCAACCCUCGAAAUGCCAUGGUAGCCAGCGUCUUUUUCUGGGUGAUUUCCAUGGCGCACUGCAGCAUCGUCUACAUCAUGCAAUAUCAUGACCAUUCGAACCCCAACUUCACGGAUCCAUCCAAGCGUAACACGUGCUAUGAAGAAUUCAGCGAUGAACAGCUCAAGAUCCUCCUGCCGGUUCGCCUGGAGCUUUUUGCAGUGCUCUUCUGCGCGCCGUUCCUCAUCUGCUGCUUCUGCUACAUACGAUUCAUCCACAUCCUCUCCAAUCUGCCCAACAUCAACGCCAAGAGGCGUUAUAGAGCCAUUGGGAUGGCGUUGGGAACGCUUGUGGUCUUCAUUAUCUGUUUCAUGCCCUACAACAUCUCACAUUUAGUUGGAUACGUUGGCAACUACAGCCCCGGCUGGCGGGUGCAAGCUCUGCUCACCAGCACGUUUAAUGCGUGCCUCGAUCCUUUCAUAUUCUACUUCUCGUCUUCAGCUCUCAGAGGAACAUUUAGGAACGUCUUGCAGGAGUUGUCGAGGCGGCUGCUCAUGCCCUGUUGCCGCCCGAUCCUAUGCUGCUCUAUCUUGAACUGUUCGAGUACUGAGGAGAAAACUCAGAGCACCGACAGCUCCCUGUAAAACAUAAGCUAGAUUGCAUGAAUGCAAUGAAUAUGAGACUCAAUCUUUGAGGUAUCUACUGAAGAAGAGCACAAUAUGGGCUAGUAUUUUUCUUUAUUUUCUUCUGAUUGCAGUCAAGGGAUGUCAGCACAUGCUGAUCAGUCCAAAGCAAUUGACUGUAAUUCUGUGCCACUGGAUGGCAUCAGCUUAAUGGACCUGUAUAAUGGACACUAUCACUAUAGAGUGCAUUGCUACCUGCCCAUUUUUUCCAUAGAAUUUUAAUUGUUUAAUUUUAAUUAACAGUUUUUGUUAAAGCACUAGUCAUGAAUCAAGCUGUACAAGUUUAAUCACAUCAUUACAAACUUUGAUUUAAAGCAAAGAAAGAUUUAAAUAUUGGCCAAAAAUAAACUUUGAAACAUUGCAAAUGGCAGUUGAAUUUAAGGCAAUGGAAAAAUACAAAGCUAUUAUCUUAAAGUGAAAAAUGUAUCUAUAAAAAAAAUAAAAUAAUUGUAAUGCAAAACAUGCAUGUAUGUACUGCAAGCUCUUUGGGCACCAUUCGCUUCCUGCCAUUUUGCUUGGUGUAUUUUUCUGUAAAGCAUGAUGGGUAAUGUAGUUUUUCACCACCAAUGAAGCUGUUAAACACAAUUAUUUAAAAAAUAUGCUGAAAUAAUGUGAACGGAUGGUUUCAACAAAAGCAUAUGCCAUUAAUUAACAACCUUGUCUCUCACAGCAGGUCUGUCUUUAAAGGUUGUUUAAAAUCAAUUCCCCUAUGGAGAAAAUGAAUGGAUUUUUUUGAAUGGAUUGUUAUAAUAUUACUUUUGCAUCUUUUUGUGUUCAACGUACCCUCAAAUUGGACUUUCUAGUAAAGCUGGUUGACCUUGGCAGCCUUCCUAGUGAAGCAUUUUUUUUUUAAUGCACUGUUCGAUAUUGAUCCACACCAUGUCCUAACUAUAUAUGCGAUAAGAUUUAAAUUAAUAAAUUAAAGCUACAAUUUUGU